AUGACAACGAAUAAGAUGAUGUUGGAAUCAUUAUCCAAUGAAUUAUUUAUUGAAUUAUUCGAAUUAUUUGAUGCAGUUGACCUCUUUCGUGCUUUUUAUGGUCUAAAUACUCGUUUUAAUUCUUUAUUAAUUCUUUUACGAGGUUAUCGAGUGAAUUUUCGUUCAAUAUUCAAAGAAGACUUCAACCAUUUCUGUCGAACAUAUCUUCCAUUUAUAAUAAAUCGAACAAUGUAUCUUCGACUCUCCGAUAAUGAAGACGCGCCAUAUCAAUAUGCUCAUUUUCAAUCUGCAGGUUUCAUAUUUGAUCAAUUCGAUAAUCUUCGUUAUUUAAGAUUGGAAAAUGUUAGUUCGGAUCCAAAGAUCAACCAGUUUUUCUUUUCCAAUUUAUAUCAUCUUCAUAAUUUGACACAUCUGAAAUUUAUUAAUUGUCGACUGCAUGCCAUCUCCUCCGGUGAUUUUCAAGAUGUGAUUGAUCAAAUUUGGAAUUUACCCAAACUGACACAUUGCUAUUUUGAUUUCUGCUUUCGUGGUACAAGUCAUUUUUGUAUUCCUACUUCCGUAUCAACAUCGUUGCAAUGCUUAACAAUUCUUGGAAAUUGGUGGCAUUCGAAUAAAUUUGUCGAUUUAUUAAAGAAGACACCACAUUUACGAACAUUUGUCGUAUCAUUGCAAAGCUUUCAGAUAGAUGAGAUACCUUUUCUUUAUCAAUUUCCUCUAUCACCUAAGAAUCUAUCUGUUAAAAGACUCAUUCUAUAUAGAGUAGAUACACAACGUCUAAUGAUUAAUUUAUUGCAAUUAUUACCCAAUGUCAGUCAUCUGAAAGUUGAAAUAUUCUUUAUGAAGUUAGAUGGAAAUCAAUGGGAACAAAUCAUUGUUAAGUAUGCACCGCAAUUAAAAGUUUUUCAAAUGAUGAUAAAUGCCUAUCUUUGUCCUUCAACUGAUAAUCAGAGAAAUGAAGAAAAAAUCGAUCAAUAUCUCGCGACAUAUCGUACACCAUUUUGGAUCGAACAUCAUCAAUGGUUUAUUCGAUGUCAUUGGAGAGUAUUGAGAGGGUAUGUUCGUAUGUGUGUUUAUUCGUUACCCUAUGCAUAUGAUGAUUCUCUUACUCACGAGGAUGAAUUGUUGGAUAAGACAAAAUCAACUUGCCCAGAUCUAUAA